GGGAAGUCCACAGGGCUGGCAGAGGGACAGAGCUGCUCGCUAGGGGCAGGAAUGCAGCAGCCUAGUGUACUCUGAUGAAAGCCCUGUUUUUUCCCUUUGGGCUCUCCUGGGCCUCUUUUCAGUGGACCUUGGUAGGUGUGUCUCAGGCAUGAAAAGCCUGGGAGAGAAGAAUUCAUUUUGCCAAAGGAUCUAUGCCAGAAAUAAUAGAAGACCUCAGUUGGCCAGCAAAUUCCCGAGCACCCGGCUUUGGUCCAGCUGGUGAUGAGAUGGGGGCCGGCCAGUCUUUGUGCUUCCCACCCAUCUCGGGACCCCAUCACAUUGGCUGCACGGAUGUAAUGGAGGGUCACAGUCUUGAGGGGAGCCUCUUCCGACUCUUCUACCCUUGCCAAGCAUCAGAGAAGUGCGAGCAGCCCCUGUGGAUUCCCCGCUACGAGUACAGCAUGGGUCUGGCCGAUUACCUGCAGUAUAACAAGCGCUGGGUGGGGUUGCUGUUCAACAUGGGUAUCGGAUCUUGUCGCUUGCCUGUUAGCUGGAACGGCCCCUUUAAGGCAAAGGAGUCUGGAUACCCUUUGAUCAUCUUGUCCCAUGGCCUAGGAGGGUUCAGGGCGCCAUACUCGGCCUUCUGCAUGGAGCUGGCCUCCCGUGGCUUUGUGGUUGCUGCCAUAGAGCACAGGGACCAGUCAGCUGCGGCCACCUACUUCUGCAAGCAGACCUCCCAGGAGAGCUCUCCUGCUGAAUCUCUGGAGGAGGAGUGGCUCCCCUUCCGUCGAAUCAAGGAAGGGGAGAAGGAGUUCCAUGUUCGGAACCCUCAGGUGCACCAGCGGGUGAAAGAGUGUGUGCGCGUGCUGCGGAUCCUUCAGGACGCCUCCGCUGGGAAGACUGUGGUCAAUGUCUUCCCAGGUGGACUGGAUCUGAUGACCUUGAAGGACAGCAUCGACACGAGCCGCGUGGCUGUGAUGGGUCACUCCUUUGGAGGAGCUACGGCUGUUCUUGCUUUGUCCCAGGAAGUCCAGUUUCGGUGUGCUAUAGCCCUGGACGCUUGGAUGUUCCCUCUGGAACGGGACUUUUACCCCAAAGCCCGGGGCCCUGUGUUCUUUAUCAACGUCGAGAAAUUCCAGACGGUAGAGAGCGUCAACUUGAUGAAGAAGAUCUGUGCCCAGCACGAGCAGUCCAGGAUCGUGACUGUCCUAGGCGCUGUUCAUCGGAGUCAAACUGACUUUGCCUUUGUGACGGGCAACCUGAUUGCUAAAUUCUUUUCCAGUAACUCUCGUGGUACCUUGGACCCUUAUGAAAGUCAGGAGGUCAUGGUGAGGGCCAUGUUGGCCUUCCUGCAGAAGCACCUUGGUCACUUUGGACUGUCAUGCUUUCGGAGCCCAUGUGGGGCAAACAGUAUUGUCCUCGGAACACAGACGCCAAGGAGCCCCUCAGAAGCUCAGUGUCUUUGAGGUUUCGCAAGUAUGUCUUGUCAGGAAACGUCCUGAGUAGGUUGAGAUGGGCAGGAAACUAUUAACAGAGCUGAGCUGCCCUAUGCACGGGCCACAGAGGACACCGGGUUGACCAGCUCAGCUUGGGGAAUGUCCCUAGAGAGGUCUGAGGUCAGCUUCGUCUCGCCUCUUACUCAAACCAGGGAGCUUGAGUUGUAUGCUUUGUUUUGUUUCUGGUUUUGGUUUGUUUUUUUUGAGGCCAUCCCUCAAUUUAAGUCAAGGAACCGAUCCAGUCUGCUUCAUCCUGUUUCGUUGAAUAUUGAUGCUCAUGUUGGCCUAACGACAUGCUGGAGUUCUGCCUGUUUAAUUGACAUUAGAGUGAGUUGGAGAGCCAUCUGGAAGUGACUUUUCUGAUUUCCUUUGUUUGCUAAUCAUGUGUGCCCACACAGAAAAAAAAACUGAAGACUUCCCAGAGUUCCAAGCUCUGUGGAAAGGCCCCCCUAGGACUGUGUCGCUGCCAUAUAAGAUCUGUCCCCUGAAUCCAAGGACGGAAGAGCCGCAGAAGAACAAGUACAGAUCAGAAGUGUUUCUCUGCACAGUAUUCCAAGGUCAGGGCCACUGAAUCGAUCCAGAGAGGUGUCACACAUCAGGAGGCCCCUCAGGCAUGGCUUUGCAGCCCCACAGCUGAGCUUGGCUCCAACGCUGCAUAAAUCGGAGCAGAUCCUGCCCAUCUUCCCAACCUCAAUUCCUGCAUAUGUAAAAUGAGGGCCUGCGUUAGGAACGGUUGGAAUGAUUGAGUGGAGGGUUGGGUGACCCCUGGGUUAUUAAAUGUGCAUUUCCCACGUCCCACACACAUGCUUUCUAAUCGCUUGAAUAUUAAAUGUUUACAAGUCAGAAUGUCCCAUAUGAUCUCUACCCUUCAAAAUUUGUCAAAAUAUGAUUGUUGGCCCACUCACUGUAUGAUUAAAAGGUCUAUAUCCACUCUGAA